AUGGCUGUCGAUACAGAAAAGGAUUUGCCCACUGGGCCAACAGUGGCACCCAGCUCACCCUCGAGUCUUUCAGACGACUAUGCUGCACCGGUUGUCACUCUGAAGACAUGGAUCGUCUCUUCGAUUCUAUCUUGUGGCUACGGUCUCUCGUUCUGGCCUGUGCCUGUGGUCUCUGCAAUUGGAACCAAUAUCUCAACCGAUAUGGGAGAUCCGACAGGAUAUAUUUGGUUUGUGCCGGCAUGGACUAUCUCGAUUACCUGCGCCUUCUUGAUCUUUGGCCCAAACACCGAUCUUCUUGGUAGACGGUGGUUUCUUGUACUUGGAAACUUGGUGAGAUCUUGCCCAAUGUCCUGCCCAGUGGAGCUAGUCAAGAUUGGACUUGCGGUCCCACUGGCAGGAAAUACAAGUCGACUAGCUCCGUUUUGUUGUUCUGGACGCGAAUCUAACAGCCGACAGGUAUGCUUCAUUGGCCAUAUUGUAGUGGCUUCGGCAAAGACCACAUCCCAAGUGACUGCUGGACUUGUUAUAUCGGGCUUUGGUGGCGCAAACUGCCAGAUGGCUGCAUUUGCACUCCCAGAACUCCUUCCCAAUAAAUGGCGACAUAUUGGUGUGGUCAUCGCCGACUUCACAGUUUACAUCGCAGUGAUCGUGGCCCCAGUGACAGCGCGUUAUGGCUAUGAGCUCGGGAACUGGGAGUGGAAUUUCUGGGGAGUUGCAAUCUUCCAAGGCUUGUCAUUCCUCGGUUUACUCUUCCUUUACUACCCACCCAAGCACCCUUUGGGAGUUUCAUACAAGGAGGCUUUCAAGUCUCUCGACUACUUUGGCGCAUUCCUCUUCAUCGGUGGCGCGGUUCCUUUCCUCAUGGGUAUCGUCUGGGCGGGCGUAUACGAGUCCAAUGAUGCCCAUGUCGUGGCACCUUUGGUAGUCGGAGCCGCGGUGUUGGUCUGCUUCGCCUUGUGGGAGCAUUUCGGCAAGCUCAAAUACCCACUCACGCCAACUUACAUUUUCGUCAGCUCUUGGGGCAGGGACUUCACUGCUCCCGUCAUUGCACUGGGUGUUGUCAACAUGUUCUACUACUCGUCCAGCAUUCUCUGGCCGCAAAUGAUCAAUGUCUUCUACACGAAUGGCGGCGCGGACUGGGAAUAUGGAGUGAUUUUGUCCUUGCCACAGGGCUUCGCUAUCUUCUUCGGUGCGAUUCUGCUCACGCUCUUUGGCAGUAAGCUUCGCCACUGGCAGUGGCAGCUCACUGGAUCUGUGUUUGUCAUGGUCGUCUUUGGCUCUUUGCUCGGCCUUGUAACGCCUACUAACAAGGGUACCAUGAUUGCCUUCAUCUUCCUCUCUCAGGCUGGAUUCGGAUGGGGUCUUUACUUGAGCAUUGCUAUCACGCAGAUGGGCGUUGAGCAUAAGAACCUGGGUGUCAGCGGUGGAAUUUCGGGAUGUAUCCGGUUUGCUGCUGGAGCUGUUGCUACCUCAAUCUACCAAACCGUGUUCAGCAAUACCCUGGCCAAGUAUACAGCCAUCUAUGUCCCUUCUGCUGCCACAGGCGCGGGACUCCCCGAAUCCAAAGUCACAGGUCUGAUGUCGGUGGUGGCUCAAGGAGCCGCUGCAAUGAAAGAAUACAGCCCUGCUGUAGUAGCAGCCGCACAGGCGGCUCUCAGUCAAGCUUAUUGCAAAGCAAUCUUUGUGGUUGCUAUGGUAUCAAUGGCAUUUGGUAUUCUCGGUCUUGCAGCUUGCCUUUGUUGCAAGGAUGUUGAUUAUAAGAUGACUUCCAAGAUCGAGGUAUACCUGGAGAACACAGAUCUUUCGGACCGAAACAAACAUCACUAG